AUGAGGAUAACGAGGCGAAGAUCAAGAACCCCUCCGAGCGAGACUUUUUCCUAUGAGGAAGAGCGGCCUCGCAAACGCAGCCACAAAAGCCCGUCUUACCAUAAGGUUGAGGCCGACAAAAUCAGGAGGAAAGCUUCUCGAUUUUGGCUGUCCGAGGACUCCAAACUUUACCGAUGCUUAUUCUCGGGGCCAUACCUACUGUGUGUGCACCCAGAGGCUACUGAACUCAUCCUGGAGGAGUUACAUGAAGGGAUUUGUGGAAGCCAUACGGGGGGUAGGUCCCUGUCCCACAAGGCCAUGACGCUGGGUUACUGGGGGCCGAGCAUGCAUAAAGAGGCUCUGGAAUAUGUGAAGAAGUGCGACCAAUGCCAAAGGUUCGCCUCGAACAUACACCAGCCAAGCGGGGAACUUAACCCGCUGUCCAGCCCUUGGCCAUUCGCACAAUGGGGCCUAGACAUACUAGGACCGUUCCCCAAAGCGAUUGGGAACAAGAAAUUUCUUCUCGUCGACACCGAUUACUUCACAAAGUGGGUCAAAGCUGAGGUGCUGGCAAACAUCAGGGACGUCGAUGUCAAGAUGUUUGUUUGGAAAAAUAUUAUCACUAGGUUCGGGACCCCGCACACCCUGAUCUCGGACAACGGCCUCCAGUUUGACAGCAAAGCCUUCAGAGAAUACUGUAAUGAGCUGGGAAUUAUCAAUCGAUACUCCACACCGGCCUACCCACAGGGUAAUGGGCAGGCGGAAGCCAUCAAUAAAACGAUAGUGAAUGGACUGAAAAAGAGGUUGGACGAAGCGAAAGGGAGGUGGGUUGAAGAGUUAGCCCACGUCUUGUGGACAUACCGCACCAUGCCUCACAGGUCCACGGGAGAAACCCCCUUUUCAUUGACCUACGGAGCCGAGGCUGCCAUCCCACCGGAGAUAAACUUCCCAACACAGAGGACUACUGCCUUCAACCCAUUGCUAAUAAUAGCCUUCUGGAAAAAAGCUUGGAUCUCCUCGAAGAAAAAAGGGAAAGUGCAAUGGUCCACCUAG